UCACCAACUGCCAUGGAAGACGAUCGUCUUGUGGAAAUUCCUCGUUGCGAUUGGGAAGAGUGGCGUGACCUGUAUAAGCGAGACUGGCCGCGCCAUGAAAUCGCGUAUAAUACGGUGCAAAACUACAUCAACUGGUCGAAGUAUGAUCGCAAGAUCAAGGAUUUGGUACUGUACAGUCUCAAUGGGAAUUGGCGUGAAGAUGGAACCUAUAUUAUAAUAGAUCGUAUCGAUUUGUACAUGCACACGCUGGAUGAGUCUUCGGAUAGCUUACGCCGGGCACUGGAGCUGGUAGAUUGGGACUACUAUUAUGUGGCCGUAAUGUGCGAGCACGAAAAGCUCUUGUUUGCAACGUUCAAAAAGCUCAACGUGCGUGUAUUUAUCGCUCGUCCAAAUACGAUCUACUUCCUCGCGAAAGAGGAUGCUUUGCGGCUGGAUGUGGCCAUUCCACAGGGUCUCAAGGUGGACUCGCUUCAACCUCACCAUGCGAAAAUUAUAAACGAUCUUUGGCCACACCGUGAAGUGGGUUCGGAGUUUGCUUUGGAGCGUUUGAUUCGCUGGAACGCUUCGCUAGGGUUGUUCGAUGAACGAGGAAACCUACUGGGAUGGUGUUUACUCACGCAAAUGGGCGUCAUGGGCUCGCUGGGAGUCAUAGAGAGACGCAAAGGAUACGGAAAAAUUGUGGUGAAAGCGUUUGCGAAAAAGCUGGCAGCCAUGGGCAUUAACCUUUACGCUAGUAUCUUGGUGGAAAAUGAGCCUUCGAGGGCACUGUUCGAAAGUGUUGGGUUUAAAGCGAUUAAAGACGUGAAUUGGGUACGAAACUGCGAACGAAAACUAGUCGAAUGGAGCUGUGGUGAAAAGAGAGAAUUCAACUGA